AUGGGUGCUGCGAGGGCAUUUUGCCUGCGGUUCGCCCCUCCUGUGGCCUUAGUUUAUGUUGGUGGCCGUGUUCUCUAUUCAAUUGAGAGCUCACGAUACAGCUCUCCCUUGUUUUUGGACCCGAAAGCAGCCUAUUCAACAACCCCCACGUACCAAUCCCACAACCCAAUGGGAGAGAACUCGAGUAGGAAUAAUGAAGAGAAUUCUCGUGUCGAGGGGAAUUUCCAUAGCGGUGAGAUGGAUGCGAGUUCGGUAUGGACCAGUAUCGUACACAAGUUGGAAGGGGUGAAACAGUCCGUUGGUUCACCCGAAUGGAUUGAGUUUGAUAAUAUUAAGAACUACAUAACACCGGACUGGACGCGAUUGCUUCCCACGACAGUGCAGAAGCUUCAGCGUGAGCUUUCUAUGGCACCGGGCUCCUUGGCAGAUGAUAUCUGGAGGGAAGCUCACGACCCGGACUUGAACCCUGAAAUACUGCAAGACGCUAAGGUCCGUGUCAGUGACAAUCUCUGCGAUGAAGAAAUUGAGUUUAGACGGAAGCGACAGCAACACGCAGUGAAAGCCCUUGCCUCCUAUCUUGACAUCCCUGAAGAGGGGAUACAUCCAGAUGAUGUGCCAGUCAUCUCCAUGUGCGGCUCGGGGGGUGGCCUGCGCGCGUUGGUUGCAGGCACUGGGUCAUAUCUGGCUGCGCAGGAGGCAGGUUUAUGGGAUUGUGUGACUUAUACCGCUGGUGUUAGUGGGAGUUGUUGGCUACAGACUCUUUACCACUCCUCCAUCACUGGACGCAAUUUCAACAAAUUAGUAGACCAUUUAAAAAACAGGCUUGGUGUGCACAUGGCUUUUCCGCCUGCAGCGCUCAAAUUGCUUACCAGUGCUCCCACCAACAAGUAUCUUCUGAGUGGGUUGGUGCAGAAGCUGAAAGGCGACCCUGGCGCAGACUUUGGCUUGGUCGACAUAUACGGCAUGUUACUAGCCGCCAGACUGCUUGUACCAAAGGGAGAACUCGGAGCUUCGGACAAAGACCUCAAGUUGUCCAACCAGAGGUUUAACCUCUUUAGUGGAGCGCACCCACUUCCAAUCUACACAGCUGUUCGUCAUGAAAUUCCCCUACUAGAGGAUGCAGAUACGGGAAAGAAACAAAUGUCUGAGAAAAUGAUGAGAAAGUCCCAGAAGGAAGCUUGGUUUCAAUGGUUUGAAUUCACUCCUUACGAAUUUUUCUGCGAGGAACUCAAUGCAGGUAUACCGACUUGGGCUCUUGGUAGACAUUUCAACGGGGGCAGAAACGAAAUUCCCCAUGGAACGUCUCCUAUCCCCGAGCUACACGUCCCAGGGCUGAUGGGCAUUUGGGGGAGUGCCUUCUGCGCAACGUUGUCACAUUACUAUAAAGAAAUCCGACCUGUCAUCAAGGGAAUCGCCGGAUUUGGGGGCAUUGAUUCCUUAAUCCAAGGGAAAUCGCAAGAUCUAAUCCGAGUACAUCCCAUCGAUCCAGCCACGAUUCCAAAUUUCGCCCUGGGGAUGAAAGAACAACUUCCUCCUUCCUGCCCUGAAUCGAUGUUCCAGAGUAAACAUUUGCGCCUCAUGGAUGCCGGGAUGAGCAACAAUCUUCCGAUAUACCCGUUGCUCAGACCUGGCCGAGAUGUAGAUGUCAUCAUCGCCUUUGAUGCUUCGGCGGAUAUCAAGCAAGAGAACUGGCUCUCGGUAGUUGAUGGUUAUGCACGGCAACGAGGAAUCAAGGGCUGGCCCAUUGGAGCCGGCUGGCCUCGGGAGGGCGAGAGCGCAGAUGUAACCGAAAAGAAACUGCGCGAAGCAGGGCAUAUUACUCAAGAGGCAUUAAACAAGAAAAUCGCCGAUGCUCAGGAGGAGUCGGACAAACCGGCACCGUCCACAUCCACAACCUCCCCAGCAAAUCACCCUGACACCGACCUGGGCUACUGUAACGUAUGGGUCGGCACAAUGGAAGAAAAGGUGUCUGACGGCGAACCACCAUCUUCCAAGCGUCUCUUUGACCCACGAUUAAAGGACCCAUCCGAGUCCGACUUCCACCUCAUGCGACCAGAUGCCGGUAUUGCCGUCGUUUAUUUCCCCUUGCUUCCCAAUCCAUCUGCUCCCGAUCUCCCACCUGGUUCCUCUCUAUCGAAACCUAAUCUACCCAAACGCUCUGAGAAUACGACUUCUUCCACGGAAGUCACGAACCCCGAAAAACCGCUCACUCCCCACCCUAGCUCCAUCGACCCAGACGUAGACGACUUCCUUUCCACGUGGAAUUUCAUCUACACGCCAGAGCAAGUCGAUGCAGUUGUAGGACUGGCUAAGGCCAAUUUCGCCCAGGGUGAAGACCAGGUCAAGCGGGUGGUUAGGGCCGUCUACCAACGCAAGAGAAAUGACCGACUGCAGCGGGAGGAGCGCAAGCACAGCCAUCAUCUAGAUGGACUUAUACUUGGCUAA